AUGGUCGAUAUUGCGGCACUCAUCUCCAGAGUUCCCGGAUGUAGCCAUCAUAGCCGAGGCGGGCAGGUCCCUUUGAGACGACCUCACGCACCCUGUGGUCCUGGAAGUGAGGUGGUUCUCAGAAAGAAGAGUGAACUGGGUAACAGGAGCCUGGUGACUACUUCCCAGACAGGUUCCUGUCCGGCCAGCAGCUACCCUUUCUACACUUCUACGUGCUUAUCUUUGAGCACAGCCAUCAUGCCUAGGGGCCACAAAAGCAAGGGUCGCUCCCGUGCAAAGCGUCAACAGGCACGUGGUGAGGGCCAAAAUAUCCAGGAAGCUCAGCCUCCUGCGGAGGAGGAGGUAGCACAGUCUCCUCCUACUGGCCAGGUUGGCCAAGAUGGUCCCUUAGGGUCUGACCAUGCCAGCACUUCCUAUGGGGCUGCAUCCCCUGGGUCUCGUCAUGCAGGCAGGUCAUGCACAGGUUCUAAUGUGGAUGCUCAGGGUUCUGCUGUAGAUGUCUCCGUGAGGAAUUCUAGUGCUUCCCAGGAAGGCAUCACCACUCAUCCUAUAUGCCCAAAUGUUCUCACCAGGAAGGUUACUAUUUUGAUGAUGUUUCUGCUGGAGAAGUUCAAGGUGGAAGAAACCUUUACAGAGGGAGAUAUGCUGAAUGUCAUCACCGUGAAGUACAAAGCGCACUUCCCUGACAUCCUCAGGAAGACCUCUGCACGCAUAGAAAUGGUUUUCGGGUUGGAGGUGAAGCAUAUCAGUCGCACCACUCACACCUAUAUUGUUGUCAGCAAGCUGGGCCUCACCCAUGCUGAAAUUCUGAGUUGCAACAAAGGGUUACCCAAGAUGGGUCUCCUGAUGACCAUCCUUGGUCUGAUCUUUGCAAAGGGCAACCGUGCCACACACACCGAUGUCUGGGGAUUCCUAAGUAUGUUUGGGGUAUAUGCAGGGCGGGACCAUUUCAUAUUUGGGGAUCCCCAAAACCUUAUCACUAAAGAGCUAGUUCAGAAAAAUUAUUUGGAGAUCCGUCAGGUGCCUGGCAGUGACCCUCCAAGAUAUGAUUUCCUUUGGGGUUCCCAGUCCUAUAUAGAAACCAGCAAAAUGAAAGUCCUAGAAGUCUGGGCUAAGAUCCACGAUGUAUUCCCUAGUUCCUUCCCUAAACUUUAUGAGGAGGCUCUGAGAGAUCAAGCAGAGAGAGCAGAAAAUAGAGCUGCAGCGUUGGGUUGCCCUAUGGCCAUGGCCAGGCUUCAGCGCAGGUGCAAGUCCCACAGCUCCUCCAAAAACUAG